AUGAAAGAAUAUAAUUACUUUACCUUAAUACUCUGUGUUUGGGCAACUAUUAACAAUGCCAAAGGACAGUUAAAUAAUGAAGGCGGUGUAGUAGAAGAACGGUGGUCAACCAUCGGACCUCUUCGUUGUCCCCACGAGUUUGAUAGUGCAAUUGCAAAUACUAUACCGCACGAAACUGAUUGUGAUAAAUAUUACAUUUGUAAUAAAGGUAUUAAAGAAUUGAAACAAUGUCCGAAGAGUCAUCAUUAUAAUUCUCAAACGGGAAAAUGUGAGUGGGCCGUUGACGGGGAUUGUGAACAUACAACAACUGUAAAUCCAACGACAGAAGUAACUAGUACUACACUAUCCCCAACAACAGAAUUACCAUCAACGACUACUGAAGGGUGGACGUAUCCUCCAACUACUGAAACUACGACUACGACUACAACCGAACCCACUACUACGACAACAUACAAACCCACUAUUACGUCGACGCAUAAGCCAAUUACAACGUCCACUACCGAUAUUCCAACCGAACCACCAAUAACGACCCCAACCGAACAACCUCCUGCAACGACAUAUAAACCCACUACUAUAUGGACGCCUAAACCAACAACAACGACUACAACGGAACCUCCGCCACCAUCAUAUGAACCAACUGAGCCAACUACAACUGAAGCACCUAUCACAACAUAUAAACCUACUACUGCGUGGACGCCUAAACCAACAACAACGACAACAACGGAACCCCCUCCACCAUCAUAUGAACCAACUGAGCCAACUACAACUGAAGCACCUAUCACAACAUAUAAACCUACUACUGCGUGGACGCCUAAACCAACAACAACGACAACAACGGAACCCCCUCCACCUUCAUAUGAACCAACUGAGCCAACUACAACUGAAGCACCUAUCACAACAUAUAAACCUACUACUGCGUGGACGCCUAAACCAACAACAACGACAACAACGGAACCCCCUCCACCUUCAUAUGAACCAACUGAGCCAACUACAACUGAAGCACCUAUCACAACAUAUAAACCUACUACUGCGUGGACGCCUAAACCAACAACAACGACAACAACGGAACCCCCUCCACCUUCAUAUGAACCAACUGAGCCAACUACAACUGAAGCACCUAUCACAACAUAUAAACCUACUACUGCGUGGACGCCUAAACCAACAACAACGACAACAACGGAACCCCCUCCACCUUCAUAUGAACCAACUGAGCCAACUACAACUGAAGCACCUAUCACAACAUAUAAACCUACUACUGCGUGGACGCCUAAACCAACAACAACGACAACAACGGAACCCCCUCCACCUUCAUAUGAACCAACUGAGCCAACUACAACUGAAGCACCUAUCACAACAUAUAAACCUACUACUGCGUGGACGCCUAAACCAACAACAACGACAACAACGGAACCCCCUCCACCUUCAUAUGAACCAACUGAGCCAACUACAACUGAAGCACCUAUCACAACAUAUAAACCUACUACUGCGUGGACGCCUAAACCAACAACAACGACAACAACGGAACCCCCUCCACCUUCAUAUGAACCAACUGAGCCAACUACAACUGAAGCACCUAUCACAACAUAUAAACCUACUACUGCGUGGACGCCUAAACCAACAACAACGACAACAACGGAACCCCCUCCACCUUCAUAUGAACCAACUGAGCCAACUACAACUGAAGCACCUAUCACAACAUAUAAACCUACUACUGCGUGGACGCCUAAACCAACAACAACGACAACAACGGAACCCCCUCCACCUUCAUAUGAACCAACUGAGCCAACUACAACUGAAGCACCUAUCACAACAUAUAAACCUACUACUGCGUGGACGCCUAAACCAACAACAACGACAACAACGGAACCCCCUCCACCUUCAUAUGAACCAACUGAACCAACUACAACCGAAGCACCUAUCACAACAUAUAAACCCAUUACAACGUCGACGCAUAAACCGAAUACUACGACGACACAGAAACCAAGUACGACUGUACCCACUACGUCAAUUAGUACAACGGAAAGCACAACUCCGCAAUCAACAACCACGACAGAAAAACCCAUUUAUCCAACAUCAUGCCCCCGUGGUCUUUUCAAUAAACCAAUUGCCUUGCCACACGAAUGUGUGUGCAGUAAAUUUUAUGUCUGCGUCCUAGGCGUACAGAUUGCCAAAAAUUGUCCCAGCGGCUUGCAUUUUAAUGCAGUAACUAAAAAAUGUGCGUCGCAAGAAUCCGCUGGCUGUGCCAACAUUGCAGUAACUACACCUAAACCUACCGAGCCUACGACAUUGCCCCCAUCCCAAUGUCCAGCGCCCGGUACCUCUGAUAAAGUAACAUAUAUACCUCAUGAGAAGUAUUGCUUCCUUUUCUACGUAUGCACCGCGCAUGGAAAAGUAUUACGAAAAUGCCCGAAAGGAUUAUAUUUCAAUUCAAAAAUUGACGUGUGCGAUUGGCCAUGGAACGUAGAUUGCAAACAUAAGCCACAAACUACCACGACAGCAGCGCCUACCACUACGACAAAUAAACCGUUCCGUUGUCCAUCUUAUAAAGCUAAGCUUCCACACGAGAGCGACUGUUCUCUCUAUUACGAAUGUAAAAAUGGCAAAGCCAAAUUGCAGAAAUGCAGACGUAAGUUAUACUUCAAUGCCCAUAAAAACCGCUGCGACCGUCGUGAAAAUGUCGAGUGUGCCCACGAAAAGAAAUCCAGUGAAAAUUCCAUCGAUUUUUCGAUCGAAUUAUCGAAUGAAAUAGUAUAAGCAGAAGAUUUUCAACAUUACAGAUGACAUCACAUUUUUAUAAAUAGUUUAAUUAAUCACAAUAUUAAUGGCUGUUGUAACAUUGUAAAUUACAAUGAAUAAAUUAUAUUUGCAAUUA